CUCCUUCUCUUCGAUCUCUCCACCACCCAAACACGCGAAGAAAUAGAUAAGACAUUACCUCAUCUGCUAUAUACCUCUUCUACAUCUAUAUAUCUCCUCUACAAACAACCACACCGUCAUCAUGCCCCCCAAGAGAGCUGCUGCCGCGUCCGCGACCAAGAAGGCCGCCGCUGGUCAUGCCUCCUACCGCGAUAUGAUUAAGGAUGCUAUCGUUAAUUUGAAAGAGCGAAAUGGUAGCAGUCGCCAAUCCAUCAAGAAAUAUGUUCAGAACAACAAUGACCUUAACAACGCGUCUCCUGCCGUCUUCGACAACCAGUUCAACAAGGCCAUCAAGGCUGGUGUUGAGAAGGGUGAUUUCACCCAGCCCAAGGGUCCCUCUGGUCCUUUGAAGUUGGCCAAGAAGGACGCUGCUGAGAAGCCCGCGCCCAAGAAGGCUGCUCCUGCUAAGGCCGCUCCUGCUAAGGCUGCCGCCCCCAAGAAGGCCGCCCCCAAGAAGACCGAGAAGGCUGAGAAGGCUGAGAAGGCUGAGAAGGCCGAGAAGGCCGAGAAGGCCGAGAAGACUGAAACCGCCCCCAAGAAGACCACCAAGAGCACCGCUAAGAAGGCCACCGCUACCAAGAAGAAGACUGCUGCGAAGCCCAAGGCCAACACAGCCAAGCCCCGCAAGACACCAGUUGCCGCUCCUGCCAUCAUUGAGAAGCCCAAGAUCAUCUCGACGACCAAGUCUGGCCGCGUGACAAAGACGACGGCCCAACCCGAGUCGGCCCCCAAGAGGGCGGCUCCUAAGAAGAAGGCGUAAAUUCUUUUUGUGAUUUUUCGAAUCGUCCCUUCUCAUUUUCCGUCUCCAUCGCGUCCUACGUCUUUCACCUUUCGUCUUCAUGCGCUUCGAGUGAUAUCCUUUCUUGGGUUGUAUCAAUUGGGUGUUCAUUUCUUCCCCUUCGGUUGUAAUUUUUCCUUGUUUGACUUUAUUUCUUCAUGUGUUUCUUUUGUCGCGUCCGGGAUAUCAUUCUGUGUUAGUGAUCAUUCGCUUUUUCCGAAAUUUUGGUUGGGUCGGCGUCCUGCGGUGGUUUAUACAACGUUUUUUCUUCUCUGGUGAUUGGCUUCGAUGUCUAGUACCUCUUGUUUAUGGUGAUACUCAAUGAAUACUUUUUCCA